AAUUUAACACUUUUAUUUUUUAAAAAACACUUUUAUUUUUUUAGGAUAUAAAACACUUUUAUAGAAUCAAAAUAAAUUAAGGUUAAAAACAUGAUAUAAUUAAUAAUUCAAUAAAUUAAAAAUAAUUCAUAAAAUUAGUAUUUUAUUUGUAAACUAAAAAAAAAUAUUAUCUAACUUGCUAACUUUUUGUAUCUAAAAAGCUAAUAAAUGGGAAAAAAAAUAAUUGAAAAUUAGAAAAAAUCAUUGCUUAUUCUUCCUAAAUUUGAGUGCAAAUGCAGAAGAGAAUAUGAUACUCUUUCUUCUUUAACAAACCACAUAAAAAAUGAACAUAAUAAUCUCUAGUAAGAGUUUAGAAUUCCCAGAGGAGUUCCUGGUGGUAGAAAUAAAAAGAUAGUAAAAUCUGAAAGACUUUAUUUGGAAAAAGUAUACAGUAAAGACAUAAAUUAAAGCUAGUAACUAUCAGAUGAUGAAAUUAGAUUGAUUUUUAAAUAUAUUAAUGAUCUCAUAUAAAACAUUGUUUAAACAUAUAACGUCCAUAAUUUUUAAACUGAGCUCUAAAGAGAGAACAUUAGACUUUAACCUAUUUGGAUUAAAAUCAAGAAAGAGAAUAUUUUACAAAUGAUGUAAUAGUACCUACUUGGCUUUCUCAUGUUUUCUUGCAAACAAAACUUAAACUUACCUUUUAAGUAUUUAAACAAUGAUGUAUUCAAAAGUUUAAAAGAUUGCUUAGUGGAUGAAGAUAACAAUUAAAAUAAAAAUUCAAUUGAGAUAUUUAAUUAAAAUGAAAACUCAUUAAAAAUGGAAGAAAUCCAAACAGACAGUAGUAAUUAAUAAAUUGAUGAAUUUAAAGACCAAUUUAUAAAAAAACAUUUGGAAAAUAAUCUGGCAUUUAAAGAGAUUGCACUUUGA